AUGUCAACUGGCUUAAAAAUAGUUGCUACUGUGUGCGAUCAAGGUGCCACAAAUGUUGCUGCAAUAAAUAAAUUAAAAGAUGAAACCAACAGAUAUUGUAUGCAUCAAAAUGUUGAAAAUUGGUACUUUGGUUUUCUUAUAGAAGAUGUGGAAAUAGUGCCUAUUUUUGAUCCACCACACCUGUUGAAAUGUAUAAGGAACAAUUUAAUGACAAAAGAUGUUACUUUCACAUAUCGCGGCGAAAAUCUUACAGCGUCAUGGAGCCAUAUCAAGACUCUAUAUGAGUUUGAUAAAAAAAAUGAAGUGAAUGGCUUAAGAUCUUUACCCUCACUGAAAGAUGAACACAUUUAUCCUGAAAAAAUGCAUAAAAUGAAGGUUAAAUUGGCAGCCCAGGUAUUCAGUCAGAGAUUUGCAGCAAUACUAAGACUCUUAGUGGAUUAUAUUCCAGACAAUAGUUUAAGUGAAGCCAAGGGAACAUCUGAGUUUUUAUACUUUAUGGACCAGGUAUUUGAUUCGGUAAAUGGAUCAAGUGUAAAACCUGAUAAAAGUAAAACUCUAAGGUGUGCAGUUUCAAAGUCUUCAGCUCACGUUGAGUUCUGGAAUGAAGCAAUAGGAGUUUUCAAUUCAAUGAAGUUUGUGACUAAAGAUGGAAAAUUAACUACACCCCCAUGUGUUAAAAACUGGGCCAUUACUUUACAGCCAUUUAAGUAUAUUUGGGGUAAACUAAAUACUAGUUUCAAAUUUUUAUUACUUAGGAAUAUGAACACACUUGAAUCCACCUUUGGUGCAGUUAGAAGCCACGGAGUACGAAAUACUAAUCCAACAACCAUACAAUUUGUUAGUUCAUUAAAAACACUGUUGAUCAAUAAUUUUUCUUCAAUUAAAUCAAUAGGGAAUUGUGAAAUAACUGAUACUGGUGAUGUCUUGGAUAAUCUGAAACAAUUUCUUACAGUUAAUGAAAAUACCAAUCCCAGUACAUAUUUUAAUGAUACAAAUUAA